AUGGUUUCCAUCACUCUUCCAGAUAACUACGGCAAUGUCAUUGCCCUUGCCCUAGGAGUCAUUCCAGUUGUAAGCUUUGCCCACGGAGUUGUCGUCGGCAAUUACCGCAAAGCCUGUGGCAUAAAAUAUCCGCAUACAUAUGCAUCCCAAGAAGAAUGCAAGAAAAGCCCCGCCGCCUACAAAUUCAACUGCGCUCAACGCGCCCACGCCAACUUCCUCGAAAACGCACCGCAAACCAUGCUCAUGGCACUGGUCGCGGGUCUAAGAUUCCCCCAAACCGCCGCAGUCCUAACUGCCUCCUGGGUCGUCUUGAGACUUUUGUUCCUGCACGGCUACGUCAUGUCUGAUAAGCCUGAUGGCAACGGCCGGUAUAAGGGAAUAUUGUUCUGGCUUGCGCAGGGGGGGCUUUGGGGACUCUCUGUGUUUGGGGUUGCGUUGAAUUUGGGGUCGUAG